CACGUCCAGGCCCAGCUAGCUCUAACCGGCUAGCCAUACUGUUGUGACACCUCCCCGAAUCCUCGGCAGCAGUGAAGCUGCACAGUCGACAUGGCAGGAAAAUAUCGCAACAGUUUUGUAAAGAAGGAUGAAAUACUUCCAAGUAAUUUGGAAUAGUAUUCAUCACGAGAUGUGAUCCACCAUCCACCAUGUGUGAGGACAUUUAAGAACAAUUAGUUCAGAAACAAAAGAACAAAUCUUGAUUCCAGUGGAAUCUUCCAUAUAUCUAUAUAUAUAUAUAUAAUUAUUAUAUUUUUCUUUGUGUUACUUCUUACUUAAAUUUAUAUAUAUAUAUACACACACACACACACAUCCCAUCCACAUAUAAUCAUGCCUGUGCAAGCGCCACAAUGGACAGAGUUCCUGCUGUGCCCGAUCUGCACGCAGACGUUUGAGGAAACUAUCCGGCGGCCCAUCAGUUUGGGCUGCGGACACACUGUGUGCAAGAUGUGCCUAAACAAGCUGCACCGCAAGGCCUGUCCUUUCGACCAGACGGCCAUCAGCACAGACAUUGAGCAGUUACCUGUCAACACAGCCCUUUUGCAGCUGGUGGGAGGCCAGGUUCCCAAGGCUCAGCCGGUUGCUUUGAUUACAAGUCCAGAGGACACUCAGAACUAUGAGGUGGCGAGACAAUGUGUGGAAGAGCUGGCCCUUUACCUCAAACCCCUUAGCAACACCAGAGGUGUGGGUUUGAGCAGCACAGCCCAAAGUAUGCUGAGUCGACCCAUGCAGAGGAAACUGGUGACUUUGGUCCACUGCCAGCUGGUGGAGGAGGAGGGACGAGUUAGAGCUAUGAGAGCUGCCAGGUCUCUUGGCGAGCGAACGGUCACCGAACUCAUUUUGCAGCACCAGAACCCACAGCAGCUCUCCUCUAAUCUGUGGGCAGCAGUCCGUGCACGAGGUUGUCAGUUUCUUGGACCAGCAAUGCAGGAGGAAGCCCUCAAGUUGGUUCUUCUUGCUUUGGAGGAUGGUUCUGCUUUGUCCAGGAAAGUGCUGGUUCUGUUCGUUGUCCAAAGGCUUGAACCACGCUUCCCUCAGGCCUCUAAAACCAGUAUAGGCCAUGUGGUACAGCUCCUCUAUAGGGCUUCUUGCUUCAAGGUUACCAAACGGGAUGAAGAUUCGUCCCUCAUGCAGCUGAAAGAAGAGUUUCGUACUUAUGAGGCUCUGCGGCGAGAGCAUGACUCUCAGAUAGUUCAGAUUGCAAUGGAGGGUGGAUUGCGCAUUGCCCCUGACCAGUGGUCUUCUCUGUUGUAUGGAGAUCAGUCCCACAAGUCACAUAUGCAGUCUAUUAUUGAUAAGCUGCAGACCCCGGCAUCUUUUGCUCAAAGUGUACAGGAGCUGACGAUUGCACUGCAAAGGACUGGAGACCCAGCCAACCUCAACCGACUAAGACCCCACUUAGAACUGCUGGCAAACAUCGAUCCCAGUCCUGAUGCUCCUCCUCCGACAUGGGACCAGCUAGAGAAGGGGUUGGUAGCAGUGAAAACAGUGGUACAGGGUUUGGUGGACUUCAUUCAACACCACAGCAAGAAAGGAGCUGAUCCUCAACAGCCUCCUCAGCACAGCAAAUACAAGACAUACAUGUGCCGCGACAUGAAGCAGAAAGGAGGGUGUCCGCGUGGAGCCAGCUGUACCUUUGCCCACUCUCAGGAAGAACUAGAGAAGUAUCGUAAGAUGAAUAAGCGGCUGGCGGCUCGCUCAGGAGUUGGAGUGUUUUUCUCAGAAGAUGGCCUUACUCCUGAUGUAGCAGUGACCCGAAAGCCUUCACCAGUCACCAAUGGCAGCGGCGCACAAUUAGUCGCUCGCGGCACCGACACAGUCUCAUAUGAGCUGUUACCUAAACAGGUCAAGGUGGAUGAAGGAAAUCCAAGUGUCCCGGGAUCACCGCCUGAUGUCCUGGACUCCAUGCCCAAAACCGGUAUACCACUGCCACCUCAUGCAAUGGCUCACCCAAGGAUGCCAGCAGAUCAUCUCUCAGGGGUUAAGCAUAUAUCUGGGGUUCCCAGAGGUUCCCCGGUUUAUCCUCAACCACAACCCCGUGACGUAUAUGACAUUCGUCCGCCACCUGCCUCUCAGUAUGAGCCGCCACAGUACCCAGCAGGUUAUCCCUACCAACAGCCAACACAGUAUGUUCCUCGGGAAUACAUCCUUAACCCCCCUCCCCCGAAUGAGUCAGGACCCCCUUACCAUGACCCUUACACAGGGUACAGUACUCCAGAGCGCGCCUACCCAUCUCAGCACUCUGGCCCACCUUUCCCCUAUACUCACCCUUCUCACUAUGAUAGAAGUCACCACGGUGCCUACGGUGCCCCUCCUCCUCCCCCUCAGCCUUAUCCAUCUGGGAGGGAUCCCCUUGUCAAAAUGAAUCAGGCUCCCCUUGAUGUUCCUCCACCCUCGGCGGGGCAGACCAGCUCCCUCUACCAUGAGGGGCCAGGUUCCCGGGACAGAUACGCUCCAGAUGGUUACUACCCACAAGGUUCCCAGCCUCCAGCCAUGAGGGCUUAUGUCAGGGGGUCGUACAGUGGUUCACAGCCAAGCCUAGACUAUCUCCAUCGACGACGGCAGGAACUGUUAUCUCAGCUGGCAGAAAGGAAGGUGAUCUCCCCUCCUCCGUUUGCUGCCUCCCCCACGCUUUCUCAUCCUUUCCCCAGCGAUUACCCCACUGAGUAUGAUGACAGCUCAAAAGGGAUGGUGAAAUGCAGAGAUUCGAACUAUGCAGGGCAGUAUUCCCCCUGGUCCUGUGAAACCAUUGGCUCCUAUAUUAACACAAAGGAUGCCAAACCCAAAAAUGUUAUGGUUCCUGGUACCAUGGAGAUGAUGCAGAAUGUGGAGGAUAAAGGUCAAAGGGAACCCUCAUUGGAGGCUCCUCGGAGGGGAACAGAAGUGAAAGAUGAUGACCCUAUUAUACCUUUUGGCCCACAGCCGACUGUGUCACGCUUCGGUGCCAUCUCUCGCACUUCAAAGACAGGCUACCAGACCACUUUCCCAGUUCAGGCUAUGGCUUCCACUCCCCAAAACCCAAACUCUAAACACAUGACCAUGCCAGAAUACUCAUAUGGAAGUCAUGGAGGAUGGGGUGGUGCUUCAUACCCCUCCCACCAGACUGCCUCUUCCUCUCAGGGACAUUUUAUUGAGCGCCUUCCCAUGUCAACCCCAGACAGAGAACAGCUAAAGAUUGAGCUGCAACAGGUCAAUCAGCAGAUCACCCAACAAACUCAGAUGCACAACAUGGAGGCGGCAGGUAACUCUUUGCUCCUGCAGAGGGAGGCCAGCGCAUUGGGGGGCCAACCUGUGCAGCCCAGUCAGAGUAAGACAGCAGUUGUACCACAGCAACCUCAGCCCAAAUGGCCAGCAGGGGGUGCAAGUGUGUCAGUCUCCAAUGAGCAGUUAAGCUUGGAGCUCCACCAGGUGGAGAGAGAAAUCGGCAAGAGGACCCGUGAGAUGGCUUUGCAAGAAAACCAGGUAACUCAUGAUGUUCAGCAGUACAAAAUGCAGUCUGCAGAGAAUGGACAGCCAGAGCAUGAGAGCCAGCUUGAGGAAAUGUCUCUGGCUCUGGGCGAGGUGUCCAACGGCUCCAGUAGUCUGCCAGAAAAUGCGGUGGGCGGGUCCAUGCUGUCACUGGCCAAUAAGACAGCAACACUGAGCCUGUGUUCUGAUCCCGUCGUCACUGGGUCAGAGAUGCAGAAAAACGGCGUUGUCCAUUCCUGCUCAUAGGAAGGACACAUUUAUCUACACACACAGACACACACACGCACACAGACACAAAAAAUGCUCAUUUGAAAAGCAUGCACAGGCACACAUACACCCAUUCUAUUUAGAAGAUGAGCAGUAUCUGCCGUGAUGAAUUUUCUUUCUUUUUGUUCUGUGAAUGAGCUUUUUUAUGACCUUCCUUGCCUGGAAACCAGAGCAUAUAAUAACAUUUCUUGUGUGUUAUUUCUUUUUUUGUUUUUUUGUACUGUUAUUUGAUUAACAAGGCUCAAAAUUAAGAAGAAUUAAUGGUGGUGAUGAUGACUGCAGGUGUAUAUUUAUUUAAAAUGUAUUACACAUUAGAAGCAAAUUGAUUACCCCGCCACAUUAGCAGGUUCAUGGUUUACCCAUAGAGUCGGAAUGGUUACAUGCAGAGGUUCACAAGUUAGAAAGCACUUUCACACACUCACAUUCAUUUUAAGGAGCUUUUCUGAGUUUUGUAAUGUGACAGCAGUAUAGGAAAGAGCCGACGUGUGGCUCAGGGCGCGCCCCCAAAAUGGUAACAAGAGGUUGGCCAGAUGUAGAUGUCUGAGGAGGGAAACGCAGAAUCCACCUGUUUUCAGCCGAAAUGGACACAUCAGGUGCUUUUAGAAUUGCAUUUCUCUGGGUAUGUCUUUUUUUUUUAUUUUAUAAACAUAGUUUUGUUUCAUACUUGAAAGCAGUUAUCUAUUUAAUGAAAGCAUUCUGUUUUAAAGAUUGCAGUUAUGUUUAUAAUAUUUCUUUUUUGAUAAAGGAAUAUUAGGUGUUGCUGUGUGAGGUUGAAAUUGUCGAAUUUCACCCAUUUCUCAGCUCAGUUAGGCCAACUUUUGCUGAGUAGUGAGGUGAUCUUCAAAAGUAUUCUUGAGAAACCUUACAUUACAAAGAAUUGAGAACAUAUUUCUACUUUAGAAGACUCAAAUAAAUGAGUUAAUUUUUCAGAUAUUAAGUUUAAUAAAAAAAAAGGCGUUUCACUCAUCAGAGCAUCUUCACUGGCCACACAGAGGCCUCCCCAUUGGGAUCAUCUUGUCAUUUGUGCUCAUAACUUCUAUGAAGUUGCCUUCCCUUGUGUGUUUAUUUUAGUUUAAUUUUGAUUGUUUGCUUUGCAUUGUUACAAUUUUGGGUGGUGCAGCUUACCUCUUUAUAAUAUCAUACAGAAAUACGUGAUAAACGUGUCCUCUCUGCAGAAUAGUUGCACUUUCCGCUACUUUUGGGGAAUCUUAUUGUUGCUGCAGCUGCAUAGUUGAUUGGACAACAUGUUUGCAGCUCAGAUUCGACAAAUGUUGGUUACUGAAAGGGAGAUCUGCCUCUAAACUCUGUCCUGAAUUAUGCCAACAUUCCCUAGAGCGGAUUUCAAUUUAGGUUUUAGCAGCGCAUGCCGUCUUCCUCACCACCAUUAGUACUGCUAUAGCUCUUUCUUCAACAGAAAAACUGUUUACCACUGAUAACAACACAGAACUCUCUGCCUUCUGUAAACAAUAAGCAUGAGUUUAUGUGCUUGAACGGUUAAAUAGAUUGAGAUGUUCUGGCUCGAGGGGUUAUGCUGAGUCCUCAUAUUGCUUAUAAACUGACACUUUGAUAAAGUUUCUUAGUUUCUGGUGAAUCUGUUUAAGGCAUAAACAGAUUUCUGUGUCCUCAUCAGGAUUGCAGUUUUAUUUCCAUCCACACUUAAAGCCUCAGGCUGCUCCUCGCUACAUUUAUUAUUUAGGUACACAGCUCACCUAUACAUAUGAGUAUGUAUCCAUACAUUAAUAUACUAAAGCACUAUUAAUGUGCCACCUCUUAUUCUACUUGCUCAGCAUUUAUAUUAAAUGAUCUCUACUUAGAAUCAGCUAAAUGUUGUUUGUUUUUUUUAUUUGUUUUUCUGUCCACUGGUUGCCAACACAGACUUUAUCCUUUCCCAGACGAAGGACCUCUGUGUGCAUUGAUGUGUGUUCACUUAAUCUUUUGUGUUCAAACAAAGUUGUUCUUUAUAGAAUAUGCUUCCGAAGAAGACAAAAUCUGUAACUUUGGAGAUUUAUAUUGAGAUGUUUUUUUUUUCGUGUGUGUGUGAUAGAUUGUAUUGUAGAAAACAUACCCACAUUUUUUUUCCCCUUUUCAUUUGUUUUUGGUAACUCUCCUUUAAUUGUGCUGUACCUGGUAUUAGUGUUGAGAUUUUUAGAUCAGGUUUUGGUUGUUCUUUUUUUUCUUUUUCUUUUCCCCACGACUGCUCUAGUGAGAGUAACCAGGAAGUUUCCUCUUUCAGAUUAGCUUUCAUUUCCUCCCUAAUGCUCUUUUUACAUUAUUUGUUUAAGGAACAUUAGAUUUAAAAAGAAAAAAAAAUGAACAUGUCAUGAAGAUGGAGUCAUACCAAUGAGCUCUAAAAGUGAGGAAGCCAAAACUACCAAAAAGCUCAUUCUGCUUGAUUGGGUCAUUGCAGGUCGGAAUGAGCCGAAAACACCUAUUAGCUUAGCAACGCGUUUGUGCAGUGAUUGUAUGGGGGGAGUUUACUUUAUAGUAAAUGGCAAAGAUGUUUAUUUCAAUCUUGUGUGUUUUGUUUUGAGUGAAACUGCUGCCUAUAUCCUUUAAUGGUAAAAUGCCACCCACACCCUUGACCUCUGUUACUGCUGUUCGAGGCUCACAUUUUAUUCUCAGACUUUCUGAGGAAAUUCACAAAUUGAAUUUUUUUUAUAUAUAUAUAUAUUAUUACUCCCUUGUAAAAUAUCUCUUAAAUUAAGGUACAGGUUUGAUUUCAGCAAGGAAAAAAAGGUUUUUAUAUGUAUAUUAUACUCCAUUAAGGAAUGUCUAGAAUUAUCUUCCUCCAAUGUGGAUGUAGCCAUUAAUACGCCAUUUUAUGACUUUGUAAGAGAAUUCACUGUGUGAAAAUUGGUUUGCAUUUUUGUAUAAUACAAUCUGCUUUUUUUUUUUUUUUUGUUUGUUUGAUACGAGAGGGAUCUCAAACUGGAAGUUUGAAGAAAGGAAAAAGAACCUGUGAAAUUGAGAAAACAAAAUGUAACUUAUGUGCAACAGUGAUUCUAAGCUGAGGGGAAAAGAUUAAAUGAUAUUGCUAACUGA